AUGCCUCCAGAUGGGCUUCCAGGCACCUACCUACAGGACACGUUGCACCCUGGAACCGUGAGCCUUAGCCCCAGUGCUGCCCUGGAUGCUACACAAGCGAAUCUGUACAUCUUAACAUAUGUUGCAAGUUGUGCAGAAAAAUCAGCUGAGAGUCAGCUCUUCGUUCGAGUCACUGCAACAGACAGAUUAGAGUGCGGCAGCUGGCUUCCCAAGAUAGGAGGGGUCCCAGUAAAAGUUUCAGAAGAUGUUUCUCCUGGAAGUUGUAUCUACAGCACUGUCCUGAAGAGGCCACACACAAGCAGCUUGACCUACACCCUUGAAAAUAAUUCUCUGCCUUUUACAAUAAAUUCAUUUGGAAUUGUGUGUGCACCUGCCACAGGCUUCAGUCAUGAGCAAGCUGGCAAGAUAUUCUCAAUGGACAUUGUGGUAACGGACAGCAAAGGGCGGAGCUGCCGCAUUCCUCUGUCAGUCCAGGUGUUGCCUGUUUACCACAACCAAGUCAACUUCACGGUGUCAUCUGUGGCAACCUCUGUGCUGGAAAAUACAGGUCCCCUCCAGACGAUUAUACAAGUUCAAGCCCGUGGGAAAACUGUGCGUUACCAAAUCGACUCCCCAGACACACCCUAUUUCACCAUAAAUUCAGAGACAGGUGAAAUCAAGAACACGUACAACCUAGAUCUGAACCGCAAUCCCAGCUUAGCCCAAACCCUUCUAACAGUGAAGGCCUACGAGAUGCUCCAUCCCACAGAUAGUGCCAUCAUCACCGUGAACAUCACUGUAAAGCGGCACAGCCUGCAAGGACCGCUGUGCUUCCCUGCUGUAAUCGUGACUGAGGUUCCAGAGACGACUCCCAAUGGGACGACCCUGCUGCCUCUACUGACUUGCAGUGGUGUGGCCAGUGGCAAUGACAGCCUCCACUACCAGCUGGACACCCAGAGUCGUCCUUAUAGCUUCCGAAUGGAGGGCUCAGAACUCAAGGUGAACACCUCUUUGGAGUGUGACUCUUUUAUCAUGGCCAGCCUUGAAUGCCAGUAUCGAGCCACUAUCCUGGUGAUGGAUCAUGGAAGUCCCCCACAAACCACCACUGUGCCUGUGCUAGUGACAGUCAGCCGAGUGAAUGAGUAUUUUCCAGUAUGCUCACAACGGUUCUUUUCAGUCCCCGAGAACGCCAACUUUGGGUACAGUAUUGGAAAUGUCAAUGGCACUGACCGAGACUAUCCUUUCAACAACAUUGAAUACAGCAUCCUGGGGGCAGAGACUGGCGCACUCUCCCCUUUCUAUGUUGGACCUCGCACAGGGCAGCUGUAUCUACUGGGGACACUGGACUAUGAACAUACAAAAUCAUAUCAUCUGACCAUCAUCUUAAAGGAUCUGGAUAAUGAUAUAGAUGGCAAAAGGCAGCUCACAACAUUAUGUAACAUCACCAUAUCUGUGCAGAAUGUAAAUGACAAUGCUCCUGUGUGCAAUCCUCCCUUUGAGCUGUGUUCCAUCUAUUCUACAUUUCCUAGAACGAUGAGAAUUACAGAACUGCAAUGCACAGAUGUUGAUGGACCAAGUGAACUGAUCUACACCAUUGUUGGUGGCAACACAAAUGGGCGCUUUCGCAUGGAACGCAAUGGUCUUUUCCAUAAUACCUUCUCCUACAACCGCGCUGGCAUUUUUGAUCCCCUCAUCUUUGAGCUGCUGGUGGAAGUGACUGACAGCCGCAGCACGCCUCGCUUUAGCACCACAGCCACCGUUAUUGUUCAUGUGACUCCCUGGAGCACAACGGUGCCCACCACCACCACCACCACAACGACCCUUCCCAAGAAGCCCAUCAUUCUGUAUACUACUGAGGAGUACUGGGCACCAGAUCCCUGGUUUGUGGUGGUUCUUACACUUACUGGAGCUCUUCUCCUUUCUGUCUUGGGUUUGUUGUUCUGGCAGCUCUGCUGUAGGAAGGCACCGGGAGAGAUGCCCGAGCCUCUGCUGCAGAACAAGGGCAGUGGACUGGAAAGAAAUUACAUCAAGACAGAAGAACCAAGCAAAGAGAAAGGGAAUGUUUUCACCAAUGUGCUGAGUCUGGAACCUAACUUUGAUGGCCGUGCUCAGGAUCCAGUCACAGGGCAAUAUUACCUGUUUGACAGCAACACUGGAGCACGGCGUUGGGUGGGAGCAUCGGCUGUGCCAUCCUAA